AUGUCAAUUGAUCUGGCAAUGACUCUUAAACCAACAACUUGUAAGGAAGCUAUUCAGCGAUGGGAAGAUAAGACAGGUCUAAAUGCCAAUGAAGAAAAAGAAAUUAUUUUAUCCUUUCAAUGGCCGCCGAUUGAAAAAAUGGAUAAUAAUUUAGCAGCACUUACUGCUGUAGAAAAAUUAUCUCUCUCAACAAACAUGAUAGAAAAAAUUACUGGUAUUAGUGCAUUAAAAAAUUUAAAAAUCCUAUCUUUGGGUCGCAAUCAAAUUAAAACAUUCUCUGGAUUAGAAGCAGUUGGAGAACAUUUAGAAGAAUUAUGGAUAUCAUAUAAUCUAAUCGAAAAAAUUAAAGGUGUGAAUGUAUUGAAAGCAUUAAAAGUGCUUUAUAUGUCGAAUAAUCUGGUAAAAGAUUGGGCUGAAUUUAAUCGUUUGCAAGAAAUUCCGCUUCUCGAAGAUUUAUUAUUUGUCAAUAAUCCUAUCUGUGAAGGUAUGGAUGCAGAAUCUUGGCGUAGCCAAGUAACUAGAAGACUACCAAAACUAAAAAAACUCGAUGCUAUACCGGUUGUAUAAUUAUUUAAUCUAGUUAAAUGUACGAAAUGACAGUAAAAAUUUGAAUUUAAUAAAAAAUUUUGCAAUAAAAUUGCAAAAUAUGUAUUUACACGGUAUAGUGUACAUUUAUAAUACAUUUUUUUUUAUAUUUGAAUAUAAUACAUUGUAUUGACAUUAUCGACAUUGCCUUAUUUUAUAAUUUUUUGUGAUGGUCAAUUAAUAAUCUUCAACUUUCAUGUCAUUUAAUCCCAGUUCUUCAUUCUGAUCAAAAGUUCUUUCAUAUUUAGUAAUCUUUAAACCAUUAUCUAAACCUUCAUUAGAAAGGCUUUGAAUGUAACUAUUACCCGCCGGAUCAUCUAAUAUAAGUGUAAUCUUUCGUUUUCC